UGUAGUGUGGCUUCGCACAUGUCACUGUUUACGUAUGUGCGGGCUGCAAUUAGAAGAACCUUUCGUGAUUUUGGAAUGUAAAUUUGCUACCACUAAUUUAAAACUGAGAUGGAAUAUUGACCAUAGGACUGGCUGGGAUGAUGGCAUGAUGAUGUUGUAGCUGUUUUAGGAAACAAGGAACCAAAGAUAAUGUCCUCCACAGUGAUACCACAUGCUACUAAAGUCAGGGCUCUGUACAAAGCAUUGCUCAAACUGCACCAGGGACUUCCUCUAGAACUCAGGGCAGUUGGCAAUGAGUACGUCAAGGAGGAAUUCAAGCGACACAAAACUGCCAAUGAAGCAGAAACCGAAGUGUUUCUUGGGGAGUGGACAAAAUAUUACAUCGUAGUUGCCAAGCAGUUGACUGGAAAGCAGCCAGCUCUUUUGAUUGGUCACAAUCUCUCCCCAGAAAUGUUAGACAACUUCAGAGAGGAACAACUAGGACAACUGAUGGAACUGUUCAAAGAAACUCAGAAACCAAAAGUGAGGGAUCCACCUGUUUGAUAAAUCUUGCAAUGAUUAACACAUAAAUUAUAUGUACAAUCAGCAAAAAUUAUCAUGUUCGUAUCCAGCAAAAAUUAAACUACCCCUGAACUCAUAGUUGUUGUACUGCAAAGUAAUGGACCAGAACAAAAGGUGGGAAAUAAAGAUGUGUUUAUUUAUUAAGAA